AUGGCUCCUCCCAUGGUGACUACUGUGCGAGCAGUCGUUGCGACGGUGGCGAUUCUCACUUUGCUCGUGUGCAGUUUGAGGCUGUAUCUGCGCAAGUUUAUCACCCGUGCGUUCGGACUUGAUGACUGCCUUGUUAUCUUGGCCCUGAUUCUUGUCCUGCUAUUUGCUGCCCUUUCAAUCUAUCUCACGUUCUUCGGCAUCGGACGGCACAUGGACACGGUGCCCGAGGACCAACUACCCACGAUGCAAUAUGCCAUCUAUAUCUCUCUCUGCACCUACCUCUUCGUCGCAUCGGCCGUCAAAAUCAGCCUACUCGUCUUCAUCAUGCGCGCAUUCCCGACAAAACUCAUCCGCUGGCUCGGCCUCACUAUCGUCGGGUUCUUAGUCUUAUUGACGAUUUCAGGAGAGCUGCCGUUGAUUCUGCAGUGCUCCCCCGUUAGUGCGGCAUACGACAAGACGGUCCCGAAUUAUAAAUGCUUUCCAUCCGACACGAUGUUCGAUAUCGAGAUGUACCAAGGCGUCCUCAUGUUCGCCGUAGAUCUUGCCAUCUUCGCGCUUCCGAUCCCGACUAUCUGGAAGCUUCAAAUGCCGCUGAAACGACGGUUGACUAUUAUUGGGUUAUUUGCUCUGGGUCUUGUGGCAUGCGUUGCUGGUCUCGCACGGCUGCCAACCCUGGUAUACCAGAAAGACGACACUGACUUUACCUACUCCGGGGCCACCCCGCUGAUCUGGAUGAAUGUCGAAUUUGGACUGGCACUGACCACAGGCUCCCUCCCCUCCUUGCGCAUCUUACUGAGAAGGAUUCCGGGAUUCAGCUCCGAUAAGAGCGAGAGUAAAGAGCUGACAGGGGGCAACGCGAACGGGAACUCUGGGUUCCACCUUCGCGACCAGAAACGAUGGACAUCGAAGAUAAUCGGGAAGGGGCGAGACGAUGUGGAGAGUUUGGCGAGCGAGAGUCAAGAGAGGAUAUUCAGGAACUAG